AUGAACAGAUCCCAGGGGUCUGUGUCAUUCAAGGAUAUGACUGUGGGUUUCACCCAGGAGGAGUGGCAGCACCUGGACCCUGCUCAGAGGACCUUGUACAGGGAUGUGAUGCUGGAGAUAAAGCACCUUGUCUCAGUGGAAUAUUGCAUUGCCAAGCCAGAAGUGGUCUUCAAGUUGGAGCAAGGAGAGGAGCCAUGGAUAUUAGAAGAAGAAUCCUCAAGCCAAAGCCACCCUGAAUUCUGGGAGGUUGAUGACCUGAUGGAGAAGAGCCUGGAAAACCAAGACCAGCAUUUGUGGAAAGUUGAUUUUGUCAACAAUAAAACACUGACUAAGGAGAGAAAUGGUGUAUUAGGAAAAAUAUUUAAUGUGGACACAAACCCUGUUCCAAGAACUCUCACAAGGGAGAACCACUGUGACUUUAAUAACUGUGGGAGGAGGUCUGUUGGUGAGAGGUCAACUCUAAGUAAACACCAUAGAGUUGUCAUGGGGAAGAAAUACUAUGAGUGUGGGAAUAAUUUUGGCAACAAGUCACUCUCCACUAACAUUGAGAGAACUCACAAUGGAGAAACAACCUUUGAAUUUCUUCCUAAACAUCAGCAAACAUGCAUAGGAGAAAAACUCUAUGAAUGUAGUGAGUGUGGAAAAACGCUCAGCCACAAGUCAUGUCUCAUAAUGCAUAAUAGGAUACACAGAGGGGAGAAACUUUAUGAAUGUACUGAUUGUGGGAAAACUUUCACAAAUAGGUCACGCCUCACAGUUCAUCAGAGGUUACACACAGGGCAGAAACCCUAUGAAUGCAUUGACUGUAGAAAAGCCUUUAGAUAUAGGUCAGGCCUCACAGUACAUCAGAGAACACACACAGGGGAGAAACCCUAUGAAUGUAAUGAAUGUGGAAAAAAAUUCUGUGAGAAGUCAAGUCUUCAUGUACAUCAGAGAACACACACAGGGGAGAAACCCUAUGAGUGUAAUGAAUGUGGAAAAACUUUUCUCUACAAUUCAUUCCUGGUGGUACAUCAAAGGAUACACACAGGUGUAAGACCCUAUGAAUGUAAUGAAUGUGGGAAAACCUUCUCCCAAAAGCCAGAUUUUGUUAAUCAUCGGAGAACUCAUACUGGGGAGAAACCCUAUGAAUGUAAUGAAUGUGGGAAAUCCUUCUCUGUAAAGUCAAAACUUAGUGUUCAUCGGAGAGCUCACACAGGGGAAAAACCAAAUGAAUGUAGUGAAUGUGGAAAAACCUUCUUCCAGAAGUCAUCUCUCAUAGUACAUCAGAGAAUACACACAGGGGAGAAACCUUAUAAAUGUAAUGAAUAUGGAAAAACUUUUUCCCAGAAGUCAUCCCUGACACUACAUCAGAGAACUCACACAGGAGAGAAACUUCAUAAAUGUAACGAAUGUGGUAAGACUUUUUGUCACAAGUCAUCCCUCGCAGUACACCAGAGAACUCACACAGGGGAGAAACCCUACAAAUGUAAUAAAUGUGGGAAAACCUUCUACCAGAGGUCAUCUCUCACAGCACAUCAGAAAACACACACAAAGCAGAAAUCCUGUGAAUCUACAGAUGUGGGAAAGCCUUUUACUAGAAUUCAGAGUUCACUAAUCAAAGAAAUUACACAGAGAAGAAAUUCUUGUCAGUAUCCUGAAAGUCCAGAAGCCUUUUCUUACUUGACUUACUCAGUAUACAUCAGAAGUAGUGAAGAGGAGAAACUUAAUAAAUAUGGAAAAUCUUUUACUCAGAAAUAA